GCACCUCUGGAGCCCGACUUAAAUGCUCGCCUUGAUUUUGAGUUGUGCACUUUUAAAUGUGCUGCUUUGAAGUUGUUCCUCAGCUGGUCCAGUGGAAGUGUAUCGCAGAGCAGCAAGCAUGGUGGAAAUGAUCGCUGUGAGCGGCUUUCAGAGCCAGGAGUAUGAUGAGCUGAGUCUUGAGGUUGGGGACAUCAUAAAGAAUUCUAAGUGCUCAGAAGAUGAUGGCUGGUGGGAAGGAGAGCUGAAUGGGAGAAGGGGCCGGUUCCCAAGGAUAUUCGUCAAGGAAGUGGCAUCUCAAGCUGUUGAAUGUGAAAACUAUACACGGCCUCGUUCUAUCCGCAGAAAGCCGGUGGUGAAGAAGAAGAAGCAGAGAUGGUGUGAAGUGGUCAUAUCGUACAGCCCUGUGAAAUCAGAAGAGCUAGAGCUCAACCUGGGAGACGUCAUUGAGAUCCUCGAUCAGAUUGAAGAUGGUUGGUGGAUAGGAAGGAAGAAUGGACAAGCUGGGAGUUUCCCAUCUAAUUUUGUCAUGGAAAUAGACAACACAGAAAGGAAGGCCAAGAGGUCCAUUACUGAGUCUGAUUUCGGUGCCUUGAAUCAAAGUGGACCAAGCUCAGACAUCCAGGUCCCAACAUUUAGAUCAGCGCACCCAAGUGCAAACCUUGGGAAUACUGGAGCUGGGAGACAACAGUUAGAAUACUAUAAAGCAAUAUUUGACUACAUUGCAAGCGCAGAGGAUGAACUUAAUCUACGCAAAGGAGAUGUCAUCCUAGUAUUGGAGAAGGAGUUGGAGGAUGAAGGCUGGUGGGAAGGAUAUAUGGAUGGAAAGCAAGGAAUAUUCCCAGACAACUAUGUGGUCCCUUAUGUAGUAGAGACAGAGAUGAGAAAUGAGUUCCUUCCAGGUGUCAACAAAGAAGUGGAUAUCUAUGAGAAGGAAGAGCCCAAGAAUGAAUGGUCAGAAACUGUGGUCAAACCUGGGCCUCCCAAAAAGGUGCCGCCACCUGUAAAAGUGAAGCCAGUGUUGUCAAACCUGCCCAAUAAAGUUAAUGAAGAACAUGCUCACCCUCCACAAGACUGGAAUAAACCAGCCAGAGACAAGGGCACUGAUUCAGAUUCGAUGACCUUCGACAUGCUGGCUGCAUCCACAGAGAAGCUGACACACCUGACAAUGGACAGGCCCAAAGCCAAAGGGCGUAGACCACCCUCUCCUUUAGUGGCGACAUCUAACCAAGAUGUCAAAAGGCCAGCACAGCUCGCAACAGCAGCUAAGUUCACACAUGGGAUCACCCAGCAGUCAGAACAGCCCUCACUGAAAACACACAGGGCAACAGCUGGCAAACCAGCAACAGGCUCAAUAAAUUCAGCAAGCAACCCUCAGAGAGAGGCAGAGAGUGAGGACAAGGCAACUACACUCGUAGCAUUGAGAGCGGAGGUCCGAAGUCUCCAGCUGAGCUUCGAUCUACUGAAGAACCAACAUUUGAGAGAUAUAGCAGCUUUAAAAGAAGAGAUAGCAGAGGAGCGGAACAAGCGAAACACACUGCAGGCAGAGGUUGAAAAACUGAGAGGAAUCACAACUCUACAAAAGCACUGAGUUCAAACCUUGUCCCCACCCCUGAUUCCUGGCCCCAGCCUGUUACCGUCCCUCUGUGAAUAUAAAAUUCAAUGUCCUGGUCUCAGAUCAGUUUGGAGUUUGACAAAUGUAAAGCCUAUCCGGGCAAUGUGGGAUUGUUUGCUCUGCGCAUGUCGUAUCGAGUGGUGGUGGAGGCCUAUGCAAUCUUACCGUCAAAAAACAUCAAGACACAGAGCCAGACAAGAAACCACCAGCUUGAUACCAUUGGGCUGCAGGGUUCCCACGCAGAAUACAACUUACUGCUCCUAAUGUGGACUUCACAAGCUUCAAAAUCUCCUCUGCCCCCACUGCAUCCCAAAACCAGCCCAGCCUGUCUCCGCCUCCCUAACCUGUCCUUCCUCCCACCUAGCCCCUCCUCCCACCUCAAGCUCCACCCCCAUCUCCUACCUACUAACCUCAUCCUGACCCCGUGACCUGUCCGUCCUCCCUGGACUGACCUAUUCCCUCCCCUCCCCACCUCCCCACCUAUACUCAUCUUUACUGGCUUCAUCCCCACCUCUUUGACCUGUCUGUCUCCUCUUCAACUAUCUUUUCCUCCAUCCACCUUCUAUGCACUUCCUUCUCUCUCCCUAUUUAUUUCAGAACCCCUUCCCCCUCCCCAUUUCUGAAAAAGGGUCUAGGCCUGAAACGUCAGCCUUCCUGCUCCUCUGAUGCUGCUUGGCCUGCUGUGUUCAUCCAGCUCCACACCUUGUUAUCUCAGAUUCCAGCAUCAGCACUUCCUACUAUCUCUUAUUAAUUUACCUGCUUUGCACAGCCAGAAAUCUAACAAGUAUGCUUAGAUAGGGUGGCUCAGUGGUUAGCGCUGUUGCCUCGCAGUACUAGGGACCCGGGUUCAAUUCCAGCCUCGGGUGACUGUCUGUGUGGAGUUUGCACAUUGUCCCUGUGUCUGCGUGGGUUUCCUCCAACAGGCCAAAGGUGUGCAGGUUAGGUGUAUUGGUCUUGGGAAGUUGUGCAGGCUAGAUGGGUUAGCCAUGGGAAAUGUGGAGUUAUGGAAAUAGAGAUGCCCUUCAGAGGGUCAGCAUGGAUUUAAUGGGCAGUAUGGCCUCUCCCCACACUGUGGGAUUUCUAUGUGAAAGAUCUGGCCUUUUCCAUCCCCAGGGUGAUCCUGCUGAAGCCCCAUCUUUUGGAAAUACACCUCCUUUGUCAUCACUCCCCACAUUAGAGCCUUCCUUUUCAGACACCUUUCAGAUGACCAGAUCACCAGCCUUAGAUGGUGUUGCAGGAUUGCUGGCUGGUAUAUUGGGUGAGAAACUCCAGUGUUCCUUUUCAAACAAUGACAGUGGGUCUUUAACACUCUCUUCAGCAGACAGGGUUCCAUCUCAUGUUGCAUCAGGAACAUUAGCCUUAAAUCAAAGCUCAAAAUGCUGGAGAGGGCGAUGACGCUAAAAACAACAAGCUGGCCGUUAUUGCCUUGCUGUUGGUGGGAUUGUGCUCUGCACAAAUUGGCUGCUGUGUCCAAUACAAGGGGAGGCAAUGGUCUUGUGGUUAUAUCGCUGGACUAUUAAUCCAGAGACCCAGAUAAUGUUCCUGGGAUCAAAUCCCACCACGGCAGAUGGCAGAAUUUGAAUUCAAUGAAUAUUUGGAAUUAAGAAUCUAAUGAUGACCAUGAAUCCAUUGCUGAUUGUCAGGAAAAACCCAUCUGGUUCACUAACGUCCUUCAGGGAAGGAAACUGCCAUCCUUACCUGGUCAUACCUAUAUGUGACUCCAGACCCAUAGCAAUGUGGUUGACUCUUAACUGCCCUCUGGGCGAUUAGGGAUGGGCAAUAAAUGCUACCUAGCCAGCGACACCCUCAUCCCGAGAUUGAAUAAUAAAAAACUGCGACUACAUGCUGAAAGUUUACAGAUCCAGGUUAAUGAUUCAUAUCUGAGGAGUUCUUCCCCAUCAAAAUGCAUCUCUUAAUCAGAGAUCCAAGCUGCAGAGGCGAUUUCUGAUAUUUACGAGAGCUUCCAAAUAGCAAUUGACUGAGAGGUUUUAUGAGAGAGCCUGAGACUGUGAUAGGCGCUAUAAAAACGCAAGUCUUUCUGGACCAAAUAAUUUCAAUCCUCUGUCCCAAUUAUUCAUCAGCAAUUCCACUGUAUUGCCAUCUGGUCUUGACAUGGGAUCCAUUGCGCCUGUGGCCUGCAGUCAGGUGUCAGAAAGGAACCUGUGACAUACUGCGGUGAUAAUGGGAACUGCAGAUGCUGGAGAAUCCAAGACAAUAAAAUGUGA